AUGAGUGAAGAACAGGAGUUAAUUUCCAUUAACUUGAAGGCUAUGAACAGCGAUGAGAUGCAUGCAAUUCAAGUUCCUAAAGAUAUUACUGUUGAUUCUUUGAAGGUUUUAGCUUCAGACUUCACUAAUAUUCCAGUUGAAAAUAUGAAACUUAUUUUCUGCGGUAAAUCACUUAAAAAUGGUACAAAAAUCUCAGAAUACAAUAUUUCAGAUGGUCAAGCAAUUAUUGUGUUUAAAGGAAGAUCACAAGAAAAUCGUCCGGCCGCAGAUCCAGAACCAGAACCUCUACCACCCCCACCUGGACCAAGAAUUGAUGUUCGUGUUUCUGAAAUAAAUAUUCCUGAUGGAGACAAUGGAAAUAAUUCUCCCCAAUACUAUCUCAAUCAAAUUCAGACUUCUUUGGCAAAACUUCAAACAAUAUGUGCAGACUUACAGAUUUCUAUGGCUGAUAAUAAUGAAAGUCAGCAAAGAGAACAAGCAAAUCACCUUCUUGAAGAAAUUAACGCAUCCAUACCUAUUUUAAUCAGAAAUGCAAACGUUUUGGCCGAACCCGAAGGUGGUUUCCCAUUACCUGGUAGAAGAAAUGGUCGCAGACCAAGAAUUAUUACACACACUGUUAAUCGCGAAAUGACAAACCCGGCAGACUUCUUCAGAACGUUAACAUCCGAUCUUACAAAUAUUCUUGGUGGAAUUAUGAAUGAAAACCAAAAUAAUCAAAACCAACAAAAUCAGCAACAACAAGCACCAGCUCAACCUGCUCCAGCUCCAACAGAACCACAAAAUCAACCAGAUAAUUCAAAUACUCAAGGAGCUUAA